AUGUUUAAUAAAUGCAAGGAUACCUUUACGGUUUGCAAGUAUUUUGGUUACCCAAAUUUUUUUGUUACUGUGACGUGCAAUCCUGAAUGGAAUGAGAUAAAGAAGUUAUUAAAACGAACUGGUCUACGUGCCGAUGACCGUCCUAACAUUAUCUCUCGAGUCUUUGAGAUAAAGCUCAACCAAUUAAUCAAAGACUUUAAGGAUGAUGGUUGCACCAUUGAAUUUCAGAAGAGAGGUCUUCUGCAUUCACAUAUUUUAUUAUUCAUGCAUCUUAUUUUUAAACCUAAAUCUGCGGAUGAUAUUGACAGGUUGAUAUCUGCUGAGAUACUUGACAAGAGCAUAAGACCAAAGUUAUAUGCAACAGCGGAGAAAUUCAUGGUUCAUGGCCCAUGUGGUUUUCCAAAGUACAAACGGCUUGAUAAUUGCAAAACAAUUAGGAAGAAGAAUGUCAUCCUUGAUAAUUCCUACAUUGUUCCAUACAACCCGUCGCUUUUAUUAAAAUAUGGUUGUCACAUUAAUGUUGAGCAUACUUGCCAGACAUCUGCAAUCAAAUACCUCUUCAAAUAUGUUCACAAGGGCAAUGAUCGAGUUACCACUUUUUUCUACCAGACUUCAGAAGAUGAGAACAUUGAGGAUGUAAUUAGGCGCACAAAUGAAAAGCUCACAAAACUACAAGUAUGGAUGAUUGCAAGCAGGCAGUAUCCUUAUGCUAAUUCACUGACAUAUAUUGAGUUUCCUAUAAAAUUUGUGUGGAUGGAUGAUAUUUCAAUGUGGGCUCGUAGAAAACAAGGAUUCUCUAUUGGGAGGUUAACUCAUGUUCCACGUAUGAAUUCUGAGGAUUACUACUUGUGUCUGCUACUUAAUAUUCAAAAAGGAUGCAGAAGUUUUAGUGAUUUACGUACUGUUGAAGGUAUUCUAUAUAGCACAUACAAGGAAGCAUGUUAUGCACUUGGACUACUACAGGAUGACAAAGAGUUUAUUAAUGCUAUAAUUGAAGCAAGCACAUGGUUAUCUGCUAAUUAUGCCGACUUCAUCGAUCUCCAGUUAACUUAUGAACAAAUAGUGAACUUAACUCUCGCUAAGAUUGAAGAGAAGAUGCAAGAGAAUAGAAGAUCUUUUAAAGAGUUUAAUAACAUGUCAUAUCCAUCUGACGAAGUCAUUGAUGGUCUUGAUGACCACUUCAUGAUGGAUGAGUUAAACUUUGAUCGGAUAUCUCUUAAACUCGAGCUUCAAAGAUGCUUACAAACCAUAACAGAUGAACAACAAAAUGCAUUUGAUAAAAUUUUAAAUGUUGUUAAUAGUGGAAUUGGUGGGUCUUCUUGUGUGGUUAUGCUGCUAAUUAAAAUUGGAGACAGGUUGACUGGUGAUUCAACUGAUGGUGAAUAUGAGGUCAUUAUUCCUGAAGAAAUACUCAUUGAUGAUAACACCAGUGGUUUUGAAAAACUAUUUAUAUGGCGGCUGUAUAUGGCAGUGGUGGUUCCGGACGACCUUGCCAUCGGUGAUGAUCAUUGCAGGCGAUUGACCGGCCCACAGAACCAUGACUGGAGAGACAGGAACAGCAAAUGGGUUAACAUGUGGAGUUUUGGCCGCUAUAAUACACUGCAGUUAGAGGAUGGGAUUGUCGACUUUUAUCCUCUCCCGGUGUACUACAGUGGUACACACAGUAGUACGGGCAUCACCUAUGAAAUUGCGUUUCGUAUUUAUAGUAAGGCUCUCGUUUAA